AUGUUAGAUGAUUGUAUGUUAGAUAAUUGUAUGUUGGGUGAUGAUGAAUUAAAUGAUGUGUUGGGUGAUGAUAAGUUAGAGGAUGACGACUUAGACGAUGAUUUGUUGUGCGAUAAUGAAUUAGAUGAUGUUAUGGUAGAUGAUGAUGAGUUAGAUGAUAUGUUAGAUGAUGAUUUAGAUGAUGAUGAGUUAGAUGAUGAUAUGUUUGAUGACGAUGAGUUAGAUGACGAUGAGUUAGAUGAUGAUAUGUUAGAUGACGAUGAGUUAGAUGACGAUGAGUUAGAUGAUGAUAUGUUAGAUGACGAUGAGUUAGAUGAUGAUAUGUUAGAUGACGAUGAGUUAGAUGAUGAUAUGUUAGAUGAUGAUGAGUCAGAUGAUGAUACAUUGUACGUGGGAUUUUGA